GCAGCAGGCCGAGUGGUCGAGAUGAAGGUGUUCCUGGCAGCAGCGCUCCUGGCCCUGGCGGCGGCCGGAGAUUACUUUCGGCUCCCAAAUCCCUAUUCGUACACCUGUCAACAAGGCUUUUGUGUGAAGCAGGAGCGCUCACGGUCAAUAGAAUACCGCUCACUCCAAAACUGCCAGCUCACUUGCGGAGAUUUCGGGUCAAUAUGGCCACAGCCGACGGGUAAAGUGGAUCUGUCCAAGGAAACAGUCAGCUUUUCCCCUCGCCAGAUGCGGGUGACAAAGGCCGCCACUUCUGACAAGCGAGUGGCCAGAAUGCUGGACAACGCCAUCCAACACUUCACCCGCAACAUCCACUUCCUUCACCCUGACUUCCCACAAACCGAGAAGCAGCCGUUAACACCAGAGGAUUAUGAAAGCCUGAAGUUCCAGAAUGAAGGCCCUGCCCAGCAGGAGCAGUACCGUCAAAGGUCUGAGUAUGACAGGGAUCAGCUGCGCCAGCGACCCACGUACAGCAGGGAAGAACCCGAGAGUUUCAUCAGAAGGUCGCCUUUCCUGCGGGAGCGCAGUAACCCUGGAGUCGAAAGCCAUAACGUCAACAUCGAGAUGACUGUCACCGCCUCUGAUCACAAGCUCAGGCUCGAUACUGAUGAGAGUUACAAUCUGGUCAUUCAGACUGUGGAGGAUGAAACCACCGCGACCAUCUUAGCUUCCACCUACUAUGGUGCCCGCCAUGCCCUGGAGACGCUCUCUCAACUCAUUGCCUACGAUGACAUCAAUAAUGCGGUGCAAAUCGUCCGUGAUGCUCAGAUUCAAGAUGCUCCGAGGUUCAGGUAUCGUGGCUUCAUGCUGGACACUGGGCGCAACUUCUAUCCCAAGGAAGACCUCAUGAAACUCCUUGACUCAAUGGCUUACAACAAGAUGAACUACUUCCACUGGCACAUAAACGACGCCGCUUCCUUCCCGAUGUACUCCAACCGCAUUCCAAAGAUGACAUACUAUGGAGCCUAUGACGCUAGAAAGGUUUACUAUCCUCAGGACAUCAGAGAUAUCGUCGAAUAUGCCAAUCUCCGUGGUAUCUCCGUGAUCCCCGAGAUAGGUGGGCCUGCUCAUAACGCUGCUGGCUGGCAGUGGGCCGAAAAGGAGGGCAAAGGCAAGCUUGCUCUCUGCACAGACUCGAAUGAGCCAUGGUUUGAACUGAGCAAGGAGCCUCCAUCUGGCCAGAUGAACCCGAUCAACCCAGAGGUCUACCCGAUCCUUGGCGAGCUGUACCGCGAUCUCAUGGAUUACUUUGACCCUGAGAUGGUGCACAUGGGCGGUGAUGAUGUAAGUUUCAAGUGCUGGCAGUCUUCUGAGGAGAUCCAGCAAUAUCUCUCCCAAAACAAACUUGAAUCCACAAGCCGCGAAUACUUCGAGCUGUGGAACACCUACCAGAGUAAUGCUUACAAUAAGCUCCAGGAAGCCGCUCAAGGACGCCAAGUCACACCCAUCAUCUACUCCUCCUCUUUUGCUCGCAACUACAUCGACAGGGAUGCCUAUGUCUUCCAGAUCAGUGAAUUUGCUAAUGAGUCUGUUAUUGCAGAUUACGUUAAGAAUGGUUAUAAGGUCAUUUUCUCCAACCAAGACCAAUGGAAUCUGGGGUGCCUCACUAACACUUGGGUUGGAGACAAGGCCGAGAACUGCCCAAGUGAAGUUCCUACAUGGGAGAACUUCUACCGCAAUAGCCCUCUUGAUAUGCUGGAAUAUCUCGGCGUUAACAACGCUCGUUCAGAUAUUCAGCAGGCCGAUGGCAUAAACCCAAAGAAUCUCGUUCUGGGAGGAGAAGCCACUUUGUGGAGCUUCGAUACUGAUGCCAAUGGCCUCCAGUCGAAGAUCUGGCCUCGAAUGUCUGCUUUCGCCGAACGACUUUGGACUGAUCCUCAGAGAUCCGUCAGCGGCACCGAUUUCACCCAAAAACGACUAAACAUUCAGCGACUGAGGAUGGUCUAUCGUGGCAUUGCUGUCGAUCCCCUUCAGCCCGAGUUCUGCUUGCAAGACGAAGGUGCUUGUCUCAGAAGGGAACAGUACCGCGCUCGCAACAGUGAAAAAAAUUGACCUGAGUGUCACCACAAAGAGUACUUCACGAGGACAGCUUCAUAGAUAAAGUACAGUCCGUGGUAUUUUUACAUAAAUUUGACCAUUCUUUAAGGGAAAAUUUGGCACCACAACAGCAGCUGCACUUUCUUUGACCUCUAAAUAUGCUUCAGGUUGUCAUACUAGCUUUGCAGUCUACUCGAGAUCAUUAAGUUUGGAGUGAAACGUUCUUACAUUCUCACAUUGAAUCUCAUGCAUCUUUACUUAGGGUGACGUUGUAGUUCGCCAAAGAUAAUACUCAGUGAUGUAUUUCUGCAUUCUGAUAAAAUGAGAAAAUCUCAAA